AUGGUCAAUUCCUGUUGUGGCUCCGUCUGCUCUGAGCAGGGCUGUGGCCAGGAGAGCUGCUGCCAGCCCAGUUGCUGCCAGUCCAGCUGCUGCAGGACCACCUGCUGCAUCUCCAGCUGCUGCAGGCCCCAGUGCUGCAGGCCCCAGUGCUGCCAGCCCACCUGCUGCCACCCCAGCUGCUCGAGUGAGAGCUGCUGCCAGCCCAGCUGCUGCCAGCCUGCCUGCUGCCAGAACACCUGCUGCCGCCCCAGCAGCUGUGUGUCCAGCUGCUGCAAGCCCAGCUGUUGCAUCUCCAGCUGUUGCCGCCCAAGCUGCUGCCAAACUAUAUGCUGUAGGCCCACCUGCUGCAGACCUUCCUGCUGUAUCUCCAGCUGCUGCAGGCCCCAGUGCUGCCAGUCUGUAUGCUGCCAACCCACCUGCUGCCGCCCUAGCUGCUGCAUCUCCAGCUGCUGCAAGCCCCAGUGCUGCCAGCCCAGCUGCUGCCAGCCCAGCUGUUUUGAGACCACCUGCUGCAGGACCACCUGCUGCCACCCCAGCUGCUGUGUGUCCAGCUGCUGCAGACCCCAGUGCUGCAUCUCCAGCUGCUGCGGCCCCUCCUGCUGUUAG